UUUUGUUGAACACGCAAAAACAACUACUUUGAAAACAGACUAUUCUUUCAAUUUCAAGAAUGCAUUCUAUAGUUGUCAGUUUCUGGCUCUUCUUACUUCUAACGGAGGCAACUGAAUUGCCCAGCUGUAAAGAGUCAGACUAUCAUUUUGAAUACACAGACUGUGAUGUUUUGGGCUCUCGAUGGAGAGUGGCAAUACCCAACAAGCCAGACACCUGUACUGGUCUACCUGAUCCAGUCAAAGGCACUCAGUGCACAUUCACCUGUAAUGAAGGAGAAUUUCUGGACAUGAGGACUCAGGAGUGUCAGAAAUGUGUCGCCGGGACCUACUCUCUCGGGACGGGCAUUGCCUUUGAUGAAUGGGACAGUUUGCCUGCUGGCUUCAUCAGCCAUGGCAUCAAUAUGAAUUAUGGAGAUGUUUACACAAAUUGCUCCAAUUCAACAUGGAUCCCAAAAGGCGAAUACAUUGCCUCAAACACCGAUGAGUGUUCUUCAACUCUCUCCUAUUCUGUGAACCUAAAGAAGCCAGGAUCAGUGGCUUUCCAGUACCUCUAUCCAGACAACAGCAUCUUUUUUGAGUUCUAUGUUCAGAAUGACCAGUGCCAGUCUACAGAUUCUGAAGACCGCUGGAUGAAGAUAUCAGAAAGUGACUGGGAUUAUCAUUUUGUGCAACUGAAUAGUGGAAACAAUGUCUUGUACUGGAGAACCACAGGUUUCUCUCUGGCUGGACGUACUGCCAAACCGGUUCUGCUGAAGAACAUUGCCAUCUCAGGGGUAUCUUUUACAUCUGAAUGUUUUCACUGUAAGCCUGGCACCUACAGUGAUAAACCAGGAGCCGCUCGUUGCAUCCCAUGCCCUGCCAAUUCUUACUCUAAUAAAGGAGCCAUAGAAUGCCAGCCAUGUGAAGAAGAUACGUUUUCAGGGAUUGGAUCUGGAACUUGUAUACAGCGGCCACCCUGCAAGCAAACUGAUUACUUCUAUACUCACACACCUUGUGACUCAAGUGGUCAGACAAAGUUGAUGUUUAAGUGGAUCGAGCCUAAGAUCUGCGGUGAAAAUGCAGAGGAGGCGAUGCAGCUCCCAGCCUCAGGAGAGAUGGUGGCCUGCUCGCCCUGCAAUCCUGGUUUCUUCUCCAGCAACAAUUACACUUGUGAACCCUGCCCAGAUGGUUUUUAUUCAAAUGGGACAGAAUGUUAUGAGUGUCCUGCUGGAACAGAACCUGUUGUUGGUUUUGAGUAUAAAUGGUGGAACCAGAUGCCCAGCAACAUGAGAAGUUCUGUAUUCAGCAUAGAAUACAGCACCACCGAGAGGACUACAGGCUGGGAGGUAGCAGGUGACUACAUUUAUACCACACCAAGUGAUCGAGACUCCGACUACAUGUUAUUGACUCUCCAAGUACCUGGAUACAGCUUGCCUCAUUCUUUGAGUAAAGACAGCGAGAGAGCUGAACUUUCCAAAAUAACAUUUGUGUUUGAAACCAACUGUACAGCUGAUUGCAAACUGUAUUUCAUGGCUGGGCAAAAUGAAUGGAACAAUAUGGUUGUGGAGAGGUGGAAUGGCACUAAAGGGAAGCAGUCAUACUCUUAUCUUAUUAAGAGUAACCACACUAUCAGCUUCACCUGGGGUUUUCAGCGCACCGGGAUGUUCAGCAUGGAAAAUAAAUACAGCAGUGACAUUGCUAAGAUCUACUCUGUUUACAUCACCAAUGUGAUUGGGGGUGUGGCCUCUGAAUGUCAACAGUGUGCUUUGGCAGCUUUUGACACCGACUCCCCCUGCGUGUCCUGUCCCCCAGGACACUACAUACAAAAUGGCACUGGGGUGUGCAAAAGCUGCCCGACUAAUACUAUCAUUAACCCUGAGCAGCCAAUUGGAAAGCAAGCCUGCAUCCUUUGUGGUCCUAAUACUUACAGUAAUGAAGGCCGUACAGCGUGCGUGAGUGAUUGUACUUUAGCUUUGAAUCAUAAAGGAGAAAUCCUGCGUUAUGAUUUCUCUCCACUGGCACGUGUUACAGACUUUCAAAGCAGUCCGAGAUUCACCAGGAAAGGGCUGCAAUACGUCCACCAUUUCAGUGUGGUGCUGUGUGGAGCACAGGACAGGGGUCUUGCGUCCUGUGUUGACAAUGUGACUGAAAGCAGGAGAGAGGUGAAGGGUUACAUCUGUCAGUCCAUCAUUGUGCCUUCUGAAGUCAGAGGUCAAAGUGUUGUGUCCUCUCAACCUUUUAGUAUUGGAGACACUUUAAUAGGAGUGACUACUGACUCCGAACUGGAUGAUGUUUCGUCUUUGGACAGCAGCUUCCCCGCUGAAUCUGAGUUACCGGAUGUCAUAUUUUACUACAGAUCUAGAGAAACAACGCAAGCUUGUAAAAGUGGAAGAUCGACCUCUAUUAGGCUCCGAUGUGAUCCGACUGUAACAUUAAAAGAACAUAUUUCCUUUCCAAGUAAUUGCUCAGAGGGCACCUGUGAUGGCUGCUCUUUUCAUUUCCUUUGGCGUUCCCAGCAUGCCUGUCCUCUCUGCUCUGAGAGGAACUUUAAGGAGAUUGAGAGCGCCUGUAUCCAAGGAAUUCAGAGGACCACCUAUGUGUGGCAGCAACCCCUGAGAUGUACAGGUGGGGUGGACCUGCCUCCACAGAAGGUCAGUGCCUGUGUGACCCUGGAUUUCUGGCUGAAGUUAGGUGUCUCUGUUGGAACCGUGGCUGCAGCAUUACUCAUUGCCAUCAGCUGCUACUUCUGGAAAAGGACACGCAAACUGCAGUAUAAAUACUCAAAGCUAAUGAUGACUACUGGAGAUAAGGAGUGUGAACUCCCAGCUGCAGAUAGCUGUGCCAUCAUGGAGGGAGAAGAUGCAGAGGAUGAUCUCAUCUACCUCUCCAAAAAAUCUUUCUUCACAAAGAUCAAGUCAUUUUCCAGAGAGAGAACAUCAGAUGGCUUUGAUUCUGUUCCUCUGAAAUCCUCUACAACACAUGAGAUGUAUAUGGACUAGAACCAGCAGGAAAUUUGAUAACUCGCUGUAAGGCACUAUAACACCAUUACUGUUUCCCAAAGAGACUGAGAAAAUCUUGACUAAUCUUUCAACAAUACGUCGAUAGUCCUGUACUUGUUUCUUCAGGGUCUCCCAUGGAUUCAUCAAAAUCAAACACAGACUGAUGGCAUAUUAUGAUGAUUUUAAAUUUUUUUUAAAUACAGACAUUUCUUACACACCAGUCCUAAAUCUUUCUUUGGCAUUUUUAAUGUUUAAAUGUAUUAUUCACACUAAAGGUCAUUGUUUAUGCUUAGCAAUUGCUAAUGUUAAGCAAUGAUGAUAUGAAAAUCCAAAUGUCAUUUAUGUGUCCUGUAAUUUUUUUUAAUCUUAUUUGGUCAAUGUAUUGUUAAGUACUCAGUGUAUAUGAAAUCUAAGUGUUUUUUAAUGUGUUCCCUUUAAGUUUUUGCUUUUAAUGAAAUAUUCAACAUUUCACAUGUUGUCUUUUAUGUUGUGUGGUCCUUUUCUCGAAAUGUAUAUAUGGCUCUUUAUCGUUUUAUAUGUUUAUUGGUUUGAAAACCUUGUUUUGUUAUCUUACAGAAUAUAAACUUCUCUAAAAA